UCAAAUCCUCUCCCCCUCUCUCUCUCUCUCUCUCUCUCUCUCUCUCUCAUCGAAAUCCCAUUUUUGUCAGGGGAUUCGAGCUCCUGCGAGGUCGAUCGGGGAAUUUCUAGGGUUCCAAUUGGUGGAAAUUGGGGGAGGAGAUGGCGACGGAGGGGGUGUUCUCGAUCGAGGUGGCGUCGGUGGUGGAGGACGUGCUGAAGCAGCACGGGGCGCGGCUCAGCGACGGCGAUUUGGCCUCGAGGAAGGCCGAGGAGGCGGCUGCGAGGAGAUACGAGGCCGCCGGAUGGCUGAGGAGGACGGUCGGGAUGGUGGCUGCAAGAGAUUUGCCCGAGGAGCCCUCCGAGGAGGAAUUCAGGCUCGGCUUAAGAAACGGGAUUGUUCUCUGCAAUGCACUCAAUAAAGUCCAACCCGGCGCCGUGCCGAAGGUGGUAGAAGUUCCGGCGGAUUCAGUACUUCCCCCCGACGGGGCGGCUUUGUCGGCAUAUCAAUACUUUGAGAAUGUGAGGAACUUUCUUGUUGCCCUCGAGGACUUAGGCCUACCUACAUUUGAGGCUUCUGAUCUUGAAAAGGGAGGGAAGGGUGUUCGAGUUGUGAAUUGUGUCCUCGCUCUUAAAUCCUUCGGCGAAAACAAGCAAAUGGGCCGGCAAAGCUCGUGGAAAUAUGGGGGGAUAUUAAAACCAGCUACCACAGGGAAACAUUUUGUAAGGAAAAAUUCCGAACCCUUCAUGAAUUCCUUAUUUAGAACCCAGUCGGGCGAGCGGUUUCAUGAUGGCUUAUCGGCGGAGCAAAACUUAAGUGUUGAUUUCUCCGUUGAAUCUACUGAAAUGACAACCUCUCAGUCUUUAAACAUGCUUGUGCGGACGAUUUUAUCAGAUAGGAAGCCAGAAGAAGUUCCAGUGCUUGUGGAGUCGAUGUUAAGUAAAGUUAUGCAGGAAUUCGAGCGUCGAAUUGCAAGCCAAAAUGAGUUGGUGAAGACAACUUUGAAGGACACUAAUGAUGUUAAGUCCGUUUUCAGACCGAACGAUUCGACGGAGCUUCCAUCUGUCGUUACUGAUAAUGAGGUGGACAAGGAAGAGGAAAUUUCUAGCGAUUUGGAAAAAGAGGACAUUGGCAUGGGUCUCAAAACUGGAGAGAUAUCAAACGACAAUCAUCUAAAGCAACAGCUAAUUGUCAACCGACAACAAAAAGAGAUUGAAGAAUUAAGACAUGCCCUUCGUGCUACUAAAUCUGGUAUAGAGUAUAUGAAAAUACAGUACUCCGACGAAUUUGCCAACCUUGGUAAGCAUUUCCAUGUCCUUUCUCAUGCUGCUUCUGGGUAUCACAAAGUUCUUGAGGAAAAUAGAAAGUUGUACAACCAAAUCCAGGAUCUUAGAGGAAAUAUUAGAGUAUAUUGCCGUGUAAGGCCCUUUUUGCCUGGACAAACAUGCAAUGCGAGCACAAUCGGUCGAAUUGAUGACGGCACCAUCACCAUCAUCACCCCUGCGAAGUAUAGCAAAGAAGGGCGUAAAUCGUUUACCUUCAAUAAAGUGUUUGGACCAUCGGCCACUCAAGAAGAGGUUUUCUCAGACACUCAACCUCUGAUUCGAUCCGUUCUUGAUGGGUAUAAUGUAUGCAUUUUUGCAUAUGGUCAAACAGGAUCAGGAAAGACUCAUACGAUGAGUGGGCCAAACGAGUUAACAGAGCAAAGUCUCGGAGUUAAUUAUAGGGCAUUGAACGAUCUAUUUUACCUUUCAGAGCAGAGAAGAGACACGUUUUGUUAUGAGAUCACCGUUCAAAUGAUUGAGAUUUAUAAUGAGCAAGUGAGAGAUCUCCUCGCAAGUGACGGAGUUACCAAAAGAUUAGAGAUUCGGAAUAGUUCGCAAAAAGGACUCGCCGUGCCAGAUGCUAGCAUGGUCCCAGUUACGUCGACUUCGGAGGUUAUUGAGUUGAUGAACUUAGGUCAAAGGAAUCGUGUGGUCAGUGCUACGGCAAUGAACGACCGCAGUAGUCGCUCUCACAGCUGCUUAACCGUUCACGUUCAAGGAAGAGAUUUAACUUCCGGAGCUGUUCUGCGCGGAUGCAUGCAUCUAGUCGAUUUGGCGGGUAGUGAGAGAGUCGACAAGUCGGAGGUCCGAGGAGACAGGUUAAAAGAGGCGCAGCACAUAAACAAAUCACUCUCGGCUCUCGGAGAUGUAAUAGCUUCUCUCGCCCAGAAAAACUCGCAUGUUCCGUAUAGGAAUAGUAAACUCACGCAGCUAUUACAAGACUCACUUGGAGGGCAAGCUAAAACAUUAAUGUUUGUUCACAUAAGCCCCGAGAUGGACGCCAUUGGCGAGACCCUAAGCACUCUUAAGUUUGCAGAGCGUGUCGCGACCGUUGAGCUUGGCGCGGCCCGGUUGAAUAAAGAAAACGGAGAAGUUAAAGAGCUCAAAGAACAGAUAAUUAGUCUUAAGGCGGCGUUAGCUAGGCAAAAUGAAGAACAUGGGCAUCAUCUUCGAAGUACAAUGUCUAGCCCGGAUAUAUUCAAGACGAGAUCCGGUGAAGGUUCUCCUGGAAACCCUAACCCUCGACAGCCAAUGGAAGAUGUCGGUAAUAUAGAGAUGCGGGGCAAUGGAAUUCUGGUCCCAAAGAAGCCAAACUAUGAUCUGGAAGAGCUAUUAACGGCGAAUGAUGACAAAGAAGUAGGGGAUUGGGUGGACAAAAUUGUCAUGGAUAAGCUCGAAAAUGAUAGGGACUUGGAUUCCUUGAGAGAAUGGGAAGGGGAUAAUGUGCAGUUGCCGAGCUUAUUCUACCAGAGAUAUUCUCCCGAUAUGAGGGUUUAUUCGGAUCAGCAAAGAAGUGGUGCUGAAUCUGUCGCGACUGAUGAUUCAGACGAUCUAGAUAUCGCGACGAGCGAUUCUUCGGAACAAGAUAUGAUGUUGCAAUUCAAUGUUCCGAAGGUCACAAGCACGAGCAAUGGGGUUGCACCGAGGACUAAGAAGCCUCAGUCGAAGGCCAUGAAGAUUCCAGAUAACAGGAGUACAAAUCAUGUUCAAAAUCUGUCCCCGUCUCCGUCACGCAAAAUACCGAACGUUCCGGUCCAGAAGUCACGGCAGAACGGAAGGCCGCCUUCUUCGAACGGCAUCGACGGAAAGAGAACGGCAAGUGGAAAAUCGGGAAGCUCGAAGUAGAAUGAAUAACUAACGGCGCAGAUUGAUGUGGAUUUCGGCGCGAAGAGAUUGAGAAAAACUAUUUCUCUCACUGCUGGUGAGUUGCAAUUAUUUCAAUUCGUUUUCCUCGACAUUUAUCUACGAUUUCUCGAAGGGCUCUACGAAGAUAAUAUUAGAGAUGGUUAACUCUUCUUCUUCUUCUUCUUCUUCUUUACAUCUUUUUGAAUGAUCAAGUGCAAAAUAGGAAUUUCUUAUACCUCUAUUAUAUGUUCAUCCUUGUUACACACACUAUAGAAAAGAAGAGAGAGAAAGAGAGAGAGAAGAAUAUAGGCCUAUAAUUUUUUUAUGGGUCUUGUGAAUAGAGGAAAAAGAAAAGAAAAAAAAAAAAAGAUACAUUUUUUUUAUUAUUAUUAUCUUUAUUCUUUGUGCCCUGUUGCUCUUUUUAUCAUUUAGUUUGUUGAGAAAUCUUUUUAGGCAUUAUAUUUCAUUCAAUAGUUCAUGUAAUUCUCUGCUUUAUAUAGUGAGGGACUUUGAUUGUAAA